AUGCCACACACAGUAGAUGCCGACGAGCUUAAUCCUUGGGCAAGCCAGAUCUCGACAGCUGCUGCUCCUCAACCGCAGCCCGGUUCAUCUCCAAAUAAUGCCAUCGUGGUAGACGACCCGCCAGAAGAACUGGCAUCAGCUUCGUACCAGCAAGGCUUUUCGCAGUCCGCACAACCACCUCGCACCGAUGUCUCCUCCACUGGAAUGGAGGGUCGCAACCAACUCCUCUUGCUCGUUUUCAUUCACGGCUUCAAAGGCUCCUCGGAUACAACCUUUGAAGACUUUCCAUCCCGGCUCACAUACAACCUGCAAGAAACUUAUCCUGGUCUACACGUUAAAUCGCUCAUCUAUCCCACCUAUGACACGCGCGGCAGUCUCGCAGCCGCCGUCGAGUCGUUUGUAGAAUGGCUCACCGAGCAGACGGUCACGCUCGAGUCCAAGCCAGAGAUCGAUCCGACCACAGGAGACAUUGUUCCGAACUCGGGCAAAGGUGGUGGAAUGGGAAGUGUCAAGAUUGUCCUCGCUGGUCAUUCCAUGGGUGGUCUCGUUGCUGUCGACGCCGCCCUCGCCAUUGCACAGAGCAGUGCAGACCAACAAGCAAACACUCCUAUUGAAAAGCGCAACAGCCUCAAACUCUGGCCUCGUGUCGUCGGUGUACUUGCCUACGACACGCCUUACUACGGAGUUCACCCAGGUGUGUUCAAGCACGGCAUUAAUAAGUACGCCGGCUAUGUUCAGACGGCACAAAGCAUAGGAACGUUUUUGGCGCCUAUGGGUGUCGGUCUAGCUGCGCGAUGGAACUCGGAGCGCCAAUCCAACUCGCAGGCGCGUUCUACCUCUUCGCAGUCCUCGACGGCCCCCUCGCGCUCUUCUCCCUCUUCAAAUUCGACCAACGACCCCGCUGCAUCGACCAGAGCGACGAGCAACUGGAGGACCGCACUCAUGGCUACUGGCGCUGUCGCUCUCGCUUCGGGCGCCGCUGCGUCCGCUGCCUAUUUCAACAAGGACAAAAUCAACGGUGCCUACGGUUGGGUCACUGAUCACCUCGCUUUUGUCUCGAAUCUGUGGGAUGACAACGCCCUCCGCUUACGUCUUGAUCGACUCGUGGAUCAACCACAGAUCCUUUUCCAUUGCUAUUACACGAGGCUGCCUUCAACUUCCCGCGCCGCCAAUCCUACCGUUCAAGGAGCAGCAGCAGCACCACCACGCGAUAGGACGUUCAUCAUUUUACCACCACGUGCGGCCCGCUGUGCAGGCAGCUUUACGCCCAUGGACAACACCAAAGCGUGCGAUGAGGUGGAUGCACACAUCAGCAUGUUUUCCGCCAAGAACAAUCCGAGGUAUUUCGACCUGGGCCUGAAGACGAGCGGGCUGAUCGCUGUGUGUUUGGACAACGAGAGUCGGUUUGGAGAUCAGGUUCAGGCGCAGAAGGAGAGCGAGGAGGUAGGGGCCAGUGGAUUGGAGGAAGAGAAGGGAUUGAGGGACGGCGACGAGGAGCUGGAGAGGAUGAAAGAUCAGGCUAAGCAUGCUGAGUGA